AUACCAGGCUGACAAAUGGAAAACUCAGCAUUAGAUAUGUGUGUGUGUCUGUGUACAGAUUUGUUUUUUUCACCAGUAACAAAGAGUCAGAUUACUCGACUUCAUAGCCGUUUCACCAUUCUGGAUAAAGGAAAAACUGGAAACUUAAGACGAGAAGAUUUUAUGCAGAUCCCAGAAUUGUCUAUAAAUCCAUUAGGAGAUCGUAUAGUGCAAGCCUUCUUCAGUGAGGCUUUGGAUGACAUGAUUAAUUUACGGCAGUUUAUAAGAGUACUCUCGAAGUUCCAAAGAACCAAGGAGAAUGAAGAAGAUAAUAAAUUAAAUAGUCGGGAAGAGAAACUGAAAUUUGCUUUCAGAAUGUAUGACACUGACAAUGACAAAAAGAUAUCUCGAGGUGAGCUCCUGGUUGUGCUAAAUAUGUUGGUGGGAUCCAAUACCCCUGAAGAGCAGCUUGCAAGUAUUGCCGACAGAACCAUCAUUGAAGCAGACAUGGAUGGGGACAGAAUGAUCUCAUUUGAAGAGUUCUGUACAUCAUUGGAGAGGACAGAUGUGGAAGAGAAAAUGAGCAUUCGCUUUCCUCACUGAAGAUUUUGCAAUUUAAUGUAGGAAAAACCCUAGAUUAAAACUACAAAGCACUUAAAAAAACAAUAAUGGAGAUAAAACUUCUAAAAAUAUAUGUAACCAAACAUUAUAUUAUUCAAGAAGUGUGUAAGUGCUUAUUUUAUGUGUAAUCAUUGAAACUAUUUUGAAUCAAAAUACAUUAUUUUAUUUACUCCUUGUUUAUUUGUGUUUAGAGCAAAGCCUUAUUGGGCGAUCUGCUGUGUCCACUGCAGGGAAUUAAAUUUCAAAUUUUAGCACUGUAAAUCUGUAAAUUUACUGUUGUCCAACCAGGGGGCUAUGUACUUUUAAAACUGAAAGGUAAUUUAAAUGUGAUAAUCUUAGUCAUUCAAUAUUUUGUAUGUCAAGUAAUCCAGAGUAGUGAAGUGCAUUCGACAUUGUUGUUACUAGAAGAUAGUGAAACUGAAAAAUAUGUAAUUGGAAGCAAAUUGUGGUGAUAAAUGUGUAUAAAUUAACUGAAGUGUGAUUUUAUUUUAGAAGUCUUAUUAAAGUUUUGUACCAUAUUUGUUUUAGCUCACAUCAAUUAAUUAAAAACUAAAUUACAGAUUAAAUGAAGUGCUGAAUUCCUUGGAAAGGAAAUCAGUUACAAAUUCUUGCUUUUUUAUAUUUUAAUUACCGUGAACCUUACCAACGUUUUCUUAGUUUUUUUUUAAUUUGGUUCUUUGCUUGGAAGACACUGUAAGGAUGAUACUGAUAUAUUUUGUCAGAAAAGAUUAAAUUUUGUCAAACUAUUCUCUUUCAUUUUGCCAAUAUUAAUUAAUAUUACUACACAAUGGCAGUAACAAAUUAAGAUUUUUGUAAAUAACUAAUAGCUUAUGUUAGUGUUGUCACAAUAUUUAUUUCUUUACAAGAUAUUAAAUUCUGUUAUAGUUAAUUCUGUGACUACUUUAUUGUUUGCAGAAUUCCAUUACUGUUGAAUGGAAAUGUUUGGUAAUAACAAAUGUUUGUUGAUGUUAUCUUUUUGUAUACCUUAGUAACUAAUUUCUUAGUAAAGCUUGUUUGUUUUUAAGUGUAUGGCUACACAAUUAUGUCUAUGUCCAGCUGUCUAUGUGCUAUGUCCAUCAUGGGUAUUGAACAUUGAUUUUUAGUGUUAUGAGCUCUUAAGCUUACUAUUGAACCACCAGGGGCUACUUGUUAUUCAGUAAGUUUCCUGAUGUCAUUGUUAAGGUUUUAUUUAAAUUACUUGUCAUAAGAUGGAAUGUAUAUUGUUUUAUGUUGUUUAUUUUUCUGCCAUAUGUUGAAUUUCAAAUAAUCAUAUCCCUGUGCUAAAUUAAUAGAAAAUAGAAGAGAGAGAAAACAUCAAAAAAUAGACAGUUUCUUUCUCUAAUUAGCUAAAUCUUAAUGUUUGUGACUCAAUAUUUUAAUAUGGUUAAAAAUUAAUAUGACUUAGAUACUUUAUAAUUAAAAUAAGAAAACUAUUUCAUCUGUUAUACAUUUAAUAUAAUUAAUUUGAAUGGAAAUUUAUGAAAUUUUCAUGAGGGGGUGCAGGAUACCACAGCUUCAUAAAAUGGUGAAAAAUGAGAAAUGCUCCUUUGGUGGAAUGGAAUCACUGCAUUUAGGUGUUUAUUAUUGUAAAAUAUUGUGGACUUUUUAUUUAUUAAUAACUGCAUCAUAGCAAAGUCCAAUUCACAUGCUUUUGUGAUAUUUUUAUUAGAGCAUAUAAUUCAAUUCAACUGUAUUAGUGAGAUAAAAAUUAGUUUUUCAGUCAGAGUUAAUGAAACAUUUUGAGAAAGUCUCUUUAGUGCUUUCAACUUUGUUUGUAGAAGAAUUUUUUAGUUAAGCUAUGAAAUUUCAAAUGUAAGAAGCUAUAAUGAUUACAAAAAACAGAUUACAAACACUAGCCUAAAUUAUUAGUAUAUCUUGCCAGAUAUCAAAUAUGGUUUCAUAUUUGAAUUUAUUUGUUUUUUUUUUCAGGUAAAUAAAGGAGUAUGAAAUUCUGUAUAACAUUGUACACUGUAUUACAAAAACUUAUUGAAGUCUAAUCUGAGGAUCUUAUGGAUUUUUUUGCAUAUAUAAUUUGCUACAAGAAGCUUGUAUUUUGAAAUGAAUUUAAUGUCAUCAUGUAUAACCUCUCUCACUAACUCUUCAUUAAUAUUAAGGUUCAGUAUAUUCGACAUGGAUUUAAUAAAACCAGUUAAUGACUCCAACAUUUUAAAAAAUGCACAGUAAUGUACUGUAUAAAGUUAAAACAAAGUUAAAAGCAAUAUAGAACU